AUGGAGGGCAAGGAAGAGGAUGUCAAGUUGGGAGCCAACAAGUUUUCGGAGAGGCAGCCGAUUGGGACGUCGGCUCAGACCCAAGAUGAAGGCAAGGACUACAAGGAGCCGCCACCGGCUCCGCUGUUCGAGCCCGGUGAGCUGACGUCAUGGUCGUUUUACAGGGCUGGGAUCGCCGAGUUCAUCGCCACCUUCCUUUUCCUGUACAUCACCAUUUUGACGGUGAUGGGCGUCGUCAAGUCUCCGUCAAAGUGCUCGACGGUCGGGAUUCAAGGGAUCGCUUGGGCUUUCGGCGGUACCAUCUUCGCCCUAGUCUACAGCACCGCCGGUAUCUCAGGGGGUCACAUAAACCCGGCGGUGACGUUCGGGCUGUUUUUGGCCCGGAAGCUGUCGCUGACAAGGGCGGUUUUCUACAUCGUCAUGCAGACGCUUGGGGCGAUCGCCGGUGCGGCGGUGGUGAAGGGCUUCGAGAAGAGCCGCAACUUCGAGAUGCUUGGUGGCGGGGCCAACUCUGUAGCCCAUGGCUACACCAAGGGAUCAGGGCUUGGUGCUGAGAUCGUUGGCACCUUUGUUCUUGUCUACACAGUUUUCUCGGCCACUGAUGCCAAGCGCAGCGCCAGAGACUCCCAUGUUCCGAUUUUGGCACCUUUGCCUAUUGGGUUCGCUGUGUUCUUGGUGCACUUGGCUACCAUCCCCAUCACUGGAACUGGUAUCAACCCAGCUAGGAGUCUUGGUGCUGCCAUCAUCUACAACAAGAAGCAUGCAUGGGAUGACCAUUGGAUUUUCUGGGUUGGACCAUUCACUGGGGCAGCACUUGCAGCUUUGUACCACGUGGUUGUGAUCAGAGCCAUCCCCUUCAAGUCCAAGUCUUAA